CCUCUUUCUCUCUCUUUCUCUCUCUCUCACCUAACUCUGAAGUUUAAGCUCCCUUUUUUCCUGUACCCAAAAGCCCCCAAAUCCACCCCCAAAUUACCCCCAUUACCGUGUAGCGUCCUCUCUCCCCCUAAUGUGAAACCCUAGGUCCUCCUCCGCACUCCCCCUUCGCCAUCUAGGGUUUCCACCACCAGAUCCGCCGCCGCAGGGGAGAAGAGGGAGCAAUGGGGAACUGUUGCCGCUCCCCCGCCGCAGCGGCUCGCGAGGACGUGAAGUCCCAUUUCCCCGGCGCCCGCCACCAUGACCACCACCGCGGCGCGGGGGGGAAGAACCACCACCGUGGCCACCCCAACGGCGGCGGAGGCGGCGGCGGCGGAGGCGGAGGCGCAGGUGGACACCAUUCGAAGCGCCUCACCGUGCUCUCCGAGGGGAGCUGCGAGGGCAUCGACGACAAGUACGUCCUCGACCGCGAGCUCGGGCGCGGCGAGUUCGGGGUCACCUACCUCUGCAUGGACCGCGACACCAGGGAGCUGCUCGCGUGCAAGUCGAUCUCGAAGCGGAAGCUGCGCACCGCGGUGGACGUCGAUGACGUUCGCCGCGAGGUCGCGAUCAUGCGCCACCUCCCCCGGAGCCCUAGCAUCGUGAGCCUCAGGGAGGCGUGCGAGGACGAGAGCGCCGUGCACCUCGUGAUGGAGCUCUGCGAGGGGGGCGAGCUCUUCGACCGCAUCGUCGCGCGGGGGCACUACACGGAGCGCGCCGCAGCCGCGGUCAUGCGGACGAUCGUGGAGGUCGUGCAGCUUUGCCACAAGCAUGGCGUCAUCCACCGUGAUCUCAAGCCCGAAAAUUUCCUGUUUGCUAACAAGAAAGAGAACUCGCCAUUAAAGGCGAUAGAUUUUGGACUUUCUAUAUUCUUCAAGCCUGGUGAGAAAUUCUCCGAAAUUGUUGGAAGCCCUUACUACAUGGCUCCUGAAGUUUUAAAGCGCAAUUAUGGCCCAGAAAUAGACAUAUGGAGUGCUGGAGUUAUUCUUUAUAUUUUGUUAUGUGGAGUUCCUCCCUUUUGGGCUGAGACUGAGCAGGGGGUUGCACAAGCUAUUCUUCGAGGGAAUAUAGACUUCAAGCGUGAACCCUGGCCUAGUGUUUCUGACAAUGCUAAAGAUUUGGUCAGGCAAAUGUUGGAGCCUGACCCAAAACUUAGACUAACAGCAAAGCAAGUUCUUGAACAUCCUUGGCUUCAAAAUGCAAAGAAAGCUCCAAAUGUUCCUCUUGGAGAUGUUGUUAAGUCAAGGCUCAAACAAUUUUCAAGGAUGAAUAGAUUCAAAAGGAGAGCUUUAAGGGUCAUUGCUGACCAUUUGUCGAUCGAAGAAGUCGAAGACAUAAAGGAAAUGUUUAAGAUGAUGGACACGGACAAUGAUGGAACUGUCUCUUAUGAGGACCUAAAAAGUGGACUUGCAAAAUUUGGUUCUCACCUUGCUGAAUCCGAAGUGCAGAUGCUUAUUGAGGCCGUUGACACCAAUGGAAAGGGGAAACUAGACUAUGGUGAGUUUUUGGCGGUCUCUCUUCACUUGCAAAGGAUGGCGAACGAUGAGCAUCUCCGAAGGGCAUUUUCAUACUUUGAUAAGGACAGUAACGGCUACAUCGAGCCUGAGGAGCUUCGGGAGGCACUGGCCGAAGAUGGAGCUGCGGACAGCAUGGACAUUGCUAAUGAUAUUUUACAGGAAGUUGACACUGAUAAGGAUGGACGGAUCAGCUAUGAUGAAUUCGUGGCGAUGAUGAAGACGGGAACGGACUGGAGAAAGGCGUCACGGCACUACUCGAGAGGAAGAUUCAACAGCCUCAGCAUAAGGCUUAUGAAGGACGGGUCAUUGAAUCUGGGCAACGAAGCCAUGGCCUGAGGUUCUUCCCAUCUCUAUUAAACCGAUUUCGCUUUUCUUUUCUCUCUCAUGAUUAUUUUGGGUGGGGGUGUUUUAGAGAAUAGGCAGAAAACCCUCCCCCCUUUGAUUUGGCUUUUACCCUGUAAUUAGUUCUCAAGUUUCCGUCCGACGUUCUUCGUUUGCCUACGAAAAAUGCUUUGUGUUCUGAUAUUCGCUCAUGUUGUAUCUGUUGUCAAAGUGAUCCACCACAAUGCUUGGUUUGUUGUAUUCUCUCAAAUGCAGUGUGUUUGUUCACUAUUAUCGUGUACUCUCAUUCCCUAUUUAUGUAUGGAGUGCGAAAGGUUAGAUUUCCGUUUACUGACAUUCAUUAGUUGGGAAAUCAUAAACGUGUGGUUUCUGUUUCAUUUGUAUUUUUAUUA